GCCUACUACAAGCAUAGACAGACUAUGGUAUUUUUUAUAGUAUUGUUAGUAGCUACAGGGACGUUGAGGACAAUUGUGAGAAAUAGAGACUGGAGGUCAAGGGAUUCUUUGCUAAGAGCAGGCCUGGAGACGCUACCUCACAACGCCAAAAUGCAUUACAAUUACGCCAAUUUCCUGAGGGACUCGAAGAGGCCUGAAUUAGCCAAGCUUCAUUACCACACCGCUUUAAGUUAUACGGAAGCAAGACAGCACUAUGAAAAUGACUCCAAUCAAGAGGUAAUGCAAGAUGAGAAGGUCUAUGCUGUAGAUAUGCAGAAAGUCUUACUCUUGCCCAAAAUGUCAACCAAGGAAUCUUUUUUUGUUGGUCGUAUUCAAUGAGACGUUUGCGUCACUUCAUAAGGACGGAAAUAUUUGCGUGAUGUGGCAUGAGGCUAUAAGAGGCAGGUCCGCGACGGAUGUUGCAUCGGCAUACUACAACGUAAUAAAAAAUUCAGACAAUGUUACCAAAAAAUUUACAUUCUGGGUAGACAACUGUUCUGCUCAGAACAAGAAUUGGACACGAUAUUCUGCUUUUGCGACUUUUGUAAAUUGUGAAUGGGG